AUGCAGCACACGUCCCUGCCGGGGGCUAACCGACAUCGGAGCCAUUCGCCAAGCCAUGCGUAUCCCCGUAUCGCCUCAGCUCAGAGUGAGCGAUCAUCAGGUUUCAUAACCGUGUCGAACAGCUGGGCGAGCACCGGGGCGAGCUUGUCUCUUGGUUCUGGUCCCGAGCAUUUGCCUCUUGCUUGGUCGGACGUUCGACACGAGGUCGACAUGGAGGGCAAUGUCAAAGCUCCCGUCAAGGAGCGGAGUAUAGAACGAUGCAGCCAGGCAGUGCUCAUCACCUGCCUGCACUUGUCCCAUGAAAUGGCUCUUAGGGAAGUGGGCCUUUAUGCGUGGACGCUGCCUCACACCAAUGACGCACACGGCAGCAUGCUGCGCAUCAUGAAGCAUCCUUCCAAGACGACGAUCCGACACCACCUUGAGCGGGCGAGGUAUACCGCAGGUUCGAAUAGCUACGUAGCGGUCAUCUACUCGGGACAUGGAAUUCAGGAAUCCCCGACUGAAGCUGGUGAACUCUGGUGCUACGACGUCUCGUUCGAGGAUGCAAUACAAGGAGGACCUGGGCCAUCCGAAUACAUUCCAAUUCAGUUAUUCGAUUUGCUUACCUGGGCCGGAUCGUCAACAUGUUACGUAUGGGACUGUCAGCAUUCCGGACGCUUCAUCCGGGCUGCGGUGACCGAAGCAGAGGAGAUCGACACGCAGCUCAGGGCGGCCUCAGCGGCCAAUCCUUCAGUUGGAGAGCUUCACCCGCCAGUCUAUGCCAGACGACAGAUCCACUUCGCAGCAUGUGGGGCUGAGCAAACGCUGCCGCGAGCUCCCGGCAUGCCCGAUGAUCUCUUUACCGCGUGUCUCACCACCCCGUUGCGCAUCUCGCUCUGGUUCCACAACCUGCAGACGUUUCCACUGACAGCAUCAGAUGCCAACAAGAACGUCCAGCGGUCGAGUGGAUACAUGAUGGCACUGUACGAUAACAUGAGCCAAUCGCUGAAGGACCGACUCUGGUCCGAACUGCAAGCAGUGAUGCACACCAUCGCUUGGCAGUCGCUCGAUGGCGCGGACUACCAAUUAGUUUUUGGUCAAAGCGGAGACGUGGUAUCGUCCAUGGCGGGAGGUUACCUCCUGUCACAAAGGGUAAUGGGGGCAUAUCGCGCAACUCCAGAGUCUAUCCCUCACAUUCCUUCGUCCACAUCGCACGCUUUGUGGACCCACUGGGAUCUCAUCCUUGACAAUUUGUUCGAGCAACUGCCACCAUUCCGACAUUUCGAACAAUCCCCCGGGGAUACCACAUGGGAAUCGGACCUGAAACUCGUCUCGUUCAUGGACGAUCAGCUCGACUCGAUUCUGCAGACGGACUUCUCAGUGUCAACGGUGUCAGACCAAGGAGGGGGUCCCUCGCCAGUUCUCUUUCGCCUGCCAAUCAUCUGUCAAGCUGCACUGACGACCGAGUUUCGCAAGCGCGCUUGCGUUGCGUUGGAGGCUUGUCUUCGAUCACUAGACAUUCACGGUCUGGCCCGAGCAGUUCAAGGCGGUGCCUUGGAUGUGGCGGCUCAGCUACUUGUGGUCGGCGAUCCUAAUAUUGGGCCUCAGAUGAUAUCGAUCUGGGCUGCGCUGGUGAGGAACGAUGCCUGUGUGAGAUCUCUGGCUCUGGAAGGGAGGACCGCAGAGCGACUCACCUCGGUUCCCUGUGUGAGAUUCUUUCUCGACUCGUUGGAAGAGCAUCUAAAUGGUCAGCCAACCAUCGUGAUACAAGCUUCUGCGGUUCUGGCAACGAUCGCAAAUUUUGUCGCAGGUCGCAAGGCUCCGCGAUUCACUACGAGGACACUGAAAGCCGCGUCGGGAAUGAUCCAGCAUGAAGAUGGUCUGGUCCAGCAGUGGGGAGCCCUUCUCGCUGCUGAAGUGCUCGGCAGCAUAGAAAAAGCCAGCGAGGUCGACAAAGACACGGUUCUCCAACUCAAAGGUCAAUUGAUCGCCAUGGCCCACUCUCAAGCGGUCGAAGCCAGAGCAACGGCUGUCUAUGCAUUGUCUCGAUUGAUCGACACGCAUCCUAGGACGAGCAUGUUCGACUUGGUACCGAGCCUGGACAUGGUGGCGCCGCUGAUCAAUCCGGCGCUCAGUGAGGGUUCUGCCUUGGUAAGGAAGGAGCUCGUCAGAUUGUUUUCUCGCAUACUGCACGCUGGCGGAAAGUGGACUUUGUUCGCUUGGAUCGUUGUGUUAUUAGAGCAGGCAUCGGAUCAGCUGCCCGAGGAGAAAGAGGCUUGUGCGGCCUUUGUCGCCACCGCGAGUAAACGAUUCGGGUCGGGUCACAGCCUUCGUAUGCCAUUAGCGAGACUCGCCUCGCACGCGCGUGCUCUUCGGGCACUGCUCUUUGACGCGCACCCUUCUUUAGCCGCCUUGGUCAGGCAAAUACUCAGGAGUGAGUACGACAAGCUGAAGAGACUUUUCGGGUCGGCGUGGGAGACCGUGCUCCAGGUAGCUUUACCGAUACGGCCAAGGAAGGGUUGGACGGCAGAUUUGGCAACCUAUGUUAGACAAGCUGGCGAGCGGCUGCUGGACAAGUGGGACACGGAUCUGGCAGGCCAGUCGGGUCUGUCAUUGAACAAUGAGCUAUUUGAGAGGAGUAAGCAUUCAUUGCAUGCCUACUUGGCUGUGAGUAAUUCGACUCCUGCGGUCAUCCUGCCUGACAAGAUUGACGGGCAACCUGAGAGUUCACAGGAGAGGACCUGGAUCAUCCGGCAUAGGUUCCUGGAGGAUUCGCUCGUGGUUGCGGAACAGCAGCGUGGUCUACCUUGGCGAUGGGCCAUGAAGGAUAUCUCGAGCCCGGAUUCAUGGUCGACGAUUGCGUUUCACAGUUUUCUGAACUUGAUCGUGGCUUGUAAUAGGUCGAGAGAGAUCUUAUUUUGGGACUGGAGUGCCUGCAAGAGGACGCGCUCCAUCAAGCUGGACAUCCCGGAGUACACCCAUGUUACCUCGGUGAGGUUCGUAAACGAACUACAAGAGCGAAUUUGCGUCGUUGCGGAAAUCAGCAAUGGGAACGUGCUCGUGUUAUCAGGUCCAAUGGAUGACGCGGUACCUCUCCGGACGAUAUCUUCGUUUUGUGGGCUGGACAUGGCAGAGGGAAGCCUAGUGACCACAUGGUGGAGACAAAAGGGAAGGAUGUGCAUUGGCGGUGCCGCUGCGUACAUCAACGUCUGGGAUUGCCCGGCCGAGCGCCGAGAGAGGGUCCUCGAGACGCGAUCACAGGUAGCCUUGAGCACGCUCAUCACCGAGCCGGUGUCUGGCAACUUGGUGCUCAGCGGUUUUCAAGACGGUAUCAUCAGGUUAUUUGACCUGCGCCAGAGCAGGAGGACUUCGCUGAUAGAGUGGACUGCGGGAGAAGACCCGAUUGUCAAGAUCGGAGUGGUACUGGGGGAGAGCAAGCAUGUCACAUCUGCUUGGUGA